AUGUCUUGUGAACACGAACAUCACCAUGGGCCUAGUGGUGGCCAUGGACACGAUCAUGGCGAUGAUGGGCGUGUUCCUCCCGUUCCAACCAGUGUGGCACAAUCUUUGCACGGUAAAAUCGAUCUUCCCCACGUAACUGCGUUGAAUGUGGAAAACCCUCCAGACGAGGUGCUGAAAAUCUUUAGGAAUUCGUCACAGAGGUACGAAUUGAAACCUGUAAUCAAGUCGGACUCUGAUGAGCAGGUGAUCUUUCACAUUCCUUUCAUAAACAGUUCUGUUAAAUUGCAUUCAUUGGUGCUUCGUACAAAUGGAUCCAAAUACUGUCCAAAGACAAUUAAAUUGUUUAAAAACGACAGAACAGUUGAUUUUGACAACGCAGAGUCCAAGGUAGCUACAUUCACGAUAUCACAUCCUCAAGUUGGGGUUCUAUAUGACAACGACGACGACGAAUUGCCAGAUACGAUAGAGCAAGAUUCGGAUUUCGUUGAACAUCAUCUCCCACGACAUAAGUUUACAGGGGUUCAGCAUCUAACCUUAUUUGUGGAAUCUGUUCACGGGGAAGAAGACCAGAGUCGCUUCCAUUACAUUGAUUUAAGAGGCGAAUUCACCGAGCUUACAAAAGAUCCUGUUAUUGCCAUCUACGAGCUGGCCGCAAACCCUGCUGACCAUAAAAAUGUUUUACAGGAAUCUGUUAAUUUUUCAGUAGGAAAUUAA